UUUCGAGAUAGAUAAAAGGAGAUAGUAGAAACAUGAAAGUAGAUUUGAUAUACAUAUUUGAAUAUGUAAAAUAUUUAAAAAGGGAGAAAGAGAGUUGUUCAUGAAAUAAGAAAAUCAUAGACUAGAUCAUAGCUCUUCGGUAUAUUCCUGAUAGAAGAGUCUAAGAUUUUUAAUGAUUUUUUUCCAACCUCGAGUAAUACAAUACGAAGAGAAAUGUCCAAGAAAUGUCAAUUUAUAUCGCAUAGGGAUGUUGUUUAAAGGAAUAUGUAUAUAUGUUCACCUACGUGUAUAUAUGUAUGAAUAUAUACUCUUGUAACGAACCUUAUUCAUUCAUUCCUAAAACAGUAUUGUUUCGUUCUUUUGCUCUUGUAGAAUUCAACCAUUCAUCGUUCUAUUUGAUAUUUCUCCUCUUAAAUCUUUGCAUAUUAUUUAUUGUCAGCCAAUCGAAUAUAGUUUCGUAAGGGAGAAAAAAUCAAAGAACUAUCGACCUUCCCUUUUCGAUUACGUGAAUGUAGUUAGUACAAUAAGCGUCGACACGAUGAGAAAGAAAAAUUAUAUAUUGGUUUGUUCAAUUUGUAACGAAUCAUCAUUAAAUUUCAAUUAAGAUAUCCCUACAUUUUUCACCUAAAGAUACAAAGAAUUUUCUUACUCAAAAAAGGAAUGGACGAUGACAUAGCUAGUCUUAAUUACGAUUGCAAUUAUAACCUGUACCUGGCGAAACGCUUGGUCAUUGACAUGAAAAGAUUUCGCGGUAUUCCUUUUAAUUUAGAUCAUCGAUUUACUGAAAAUUUAUCUCCUUAUCUUACUCUAGAUCGACAAAACGCAGUAAAGUGGUUACGUUUCCUGAUGAAGACCAACCAUGAUAUUGCCGCGAUGCGACUUAGAAAUGACUUUAUGCAUUAUUUAGUUUUAAAUCUUCAAGAAAGUCAGUUGAGGCCACCUUUCGACAAACCACCGCCUAGUAUCGAAUGUCUUACGGAUAUAGCCAAACUCAUAGUCAGUGUAUUUCAUUCGUUUGUCGAAAUAUUUCAGCCUGGCAAAAGCGAAGUUACUGACGAUGGUGUGGACUCGAUGACCAAAUUAGAGGAUCUGAUUGAAGAAAAAUCGAUGAUAAUGUCAUUAUCGCCCGACGACGGUGCUUUCUUGGCUUCUCAACCUGUACCUCAUCAUGGUUCCUUUUGUUAUUUAGCUAUUACUACGAAGAAAAAGGAAAGCUAAGAAAACGAGUCGUCGUUAUUUCAAUUUCUUCGAUAUAUCCUUUCAUUUUAUUUCCCUAUAGCUUGUGUAUCUUCUUAUAAAGUAUAUUUUUAUGUGCAUAAAGAUAUAUGUUUUAUCUCUGUAUACCUCAAGAAAAGCAUAAUCGUAUAGAUUCAGUUUUUGUUUCGUUUUAUUUUUCACUUCUGCUCUUCGUAAUUUUCUUCAAAAUUGUAAUAUUUC